CUGCGACAACGAGGCCUAUUCUUGACAGCGAGCUCACAACAUUUAAUCGAAACACUUGUCUCAGCUACAGCUUGGGGAACGAGACGUCGACUGCCCAGUCGACGCUAGAAUUGCAACCUCUACCACCAUCUCUGAUCAGAACUUUACCAGAGUCACUAUGUCGGUAACUAAGACUUAUCAACGUACGCUAUGUCUCUGCGGCAACCAACGCUUCGAGGCCGAGGACUGGUGCCCCGAAUGUGUGGCUACUAGCCGAAGAUCACACCCAAAGUCCAGUCCGAUCGAUAUGACGAGAAAACAGUACUUUCUCGCUCCUCCACCGAGCACUCCAACUUCGCCUGGGGGCAUGAAGGCGAACAACACCCCCAUUACGCAUACGAGCCUCUCACGACCAUUUCUUGCGAGUGAGCCUUUGACGAACGCAAUGUCUUACGAGGAUAAUCUGCCCAGCAUGUUUCCUUCAACAACGUAUCGACUACCGGAUCAAACACGCACGACAUCGGACGGAGGACGAUCACUCCAGCCUAUUUCGCCAACGUCACCGCCAGCAAUCAUGGCGAUUUCCAAAUCUCCGCGAGCUGCUACACCCGAGAUGAGAUCACCAAACCUCGGAGGCUACGCUCCAAUGGCGGCUGGCUUUGCACGAUUAGGUCGCAACAGUCAAAGCAAUUCCAUGACUGAUAUGACAAAAUUGCGACGACCUGUGAGUGCUCGGCCGUCUCUGGACUUGGAAGCUAGAAUGUUUUCUGGUCCGGCGUGACGGCGGAAGCAGCUCUCUCGAUAUCAUCAUUUCCCCAAGUCUGGAUAGACGAGGAACCAGCAGAAGUCCUACACCUCGUAUUGUGGUUCGCUUCAAUUCAUGCGACCCAGCGGCUAGGCGUGGACUUCCGAUACAGUAAAUCUCCCGGAUCGAUUACUUCCUACCCAAGGCCAGAUACGAGCAGUAGCAGGAUGCACAAACGGGCCUGUGGACUUCGUACCUGUAUAGUGCGUUUCAGCAAGGCGUUCGGUACUUCAGUUUUUUUGGGCAGCCGGUCGAGAGGUUGAAAUUGAAGGCAUGAAAUGACCUUACAUGGGGCACAAGUUUCCUCCAGGUCACACAGUAAGGUGGUGGGGAUGGUACUUUUGCCAUUUUGAAGAACCGGUCGAAGCAUUUGGCAUCGCUGAGGUUGAAGAGAGGCGCAUUGGAAAUUUUCUCUUGACGAAUCAAAGAUUUGUAGUUUCAAUGAUGAAGACCACGAAACCCG